AUGAGAUUGAAGCCACAGAUAGAAGAGCCCAUCAUGAAACUGUGUGGCAACUCCACACCCCUUCCCAGAAGCAUGGUGAUCGCGGACCUUGGCUGCUCUUGUGGCCCCAGCGCACUCACCUUGGUCUCUGCUGCUGUCGAUGCCAUUCAUCGCCAGUGUCUUGAACUCCAACAGCCACCGCCUGAGCUGAGUCUGCUCCUCAACGAUCUUCCCAGCAAUGAUUUCAACACUACAGUCAAGCACUUGGUAGCGUUCCAAGAAAGGAAAAACAUUGACAAGGGUGAGCACGGUUUCUCACCAUUUGUCAUGACUAGUAUUGUGCCUGGGUCCUUCUAUGGAAGACUGUUCACUACUGGAUCGGUGCAUCUUGUCCUCUCAUCAAAUAGCUUGCACUGGCUUUCAAAGGUACCUGAAGACCUACUGAAGAAUGACAUUCCGAUGUACCAUAGCGACGAGCAACUAUGGCGGAAAACACGGCCCGUUGUGCUUGAUGCUUAUGCCCGGCAAUUUAGAAAGGACCUUCUUUUGUUCUUGGAGUGCAGGGCCGAUGGAUCAGCUCAACAAAUAUGGGAGUUCAUAGCCAGUAUUUUAGACGACAUGGCAUCAAGGGGUGUGCUUGAUAAGCAAAAAUCGAAGGCUUUCUACAUACCAUUAUAUUCGCCGUCUGAGAAAGAAGUAAAGGAGAUAAUAGAAGAGCAGGGAUCUUUCUCCAUUAAUGAACUUCAAGUGCAUGACAGUAUAGCUGGUGUGAACAAAGCAGUGAUCAGCCCCAAGAAGUUCAACAGUCAAGCUCUCUUACAAAAUGAACUUACCAAGAAUCCUAGGGUUUUCCUUGCUCUUUCUCUUGAAAGGCAGAGUUGA